UCUGCGCAUAUGCGGAACAUAAAGGAGAAGGGAGCGGAGACCAUCAUAUUUCUCGUAUUUACUGUUGAAAGAAGUUUCCCUCGCACAGGAAUACAAAAAACAAGCAUACAGACAAACUGCUGGUUCCCCUCCGGUGAUGUCUUCCCCAUGGUUGGACCAGUGGCCCCUAGAGGCCAUAAAUGGUACCACUCCCUCUGGGUUCGCAAACAACAAGAGCUGCCUCAACGGAAAGAGGGGUGUAUUCAAUGAAGUCCGCUUCGGAGGAGUGCCUAUUGUGCUACUGCUCGAUUUCUGUGUCUUUUUGGUGCUGCUGAGUAUCUUCUCUAUUAUCAGGAGGAAGUUCUGGGACUAUGGGCGUCUGGCGUUAGUGGCCGACAAGGACGGGUUCACCGAUUCAACACACCGCCGCUAUGGUCACAUGUCAUCCAGCGGGGAUGACUUUGACAAUGAAUUGGGAUUCUGCUCUUGGCUGCCUUACAUCAUCAGAAUGGAUGAGGAGAAGAUUAAAGCCAGAUGUGGCAUGGAUGCUGUUCACUACCUGUCGUUCCAGCGCCAUCUGAUCAUCCUGCUGUUGAUCAUAGCUGUCGCCUCCGUCACAAUCAUACUGCCUGUCAACUUGACUGGACACCUGCUGGGUGAUGAUCCAGAGAGUUUUGGAAGGACAACUGUUGGGAAUCUUCAAAAGGGAAACGACCUGUUGUGGCUGCAUACAGUAUUUGCAGUUCUGUACCUGAUCCUGACGGUUGUUCUGCUGCGACAUCACACGUCACAAAUGAAAGACAUGCGCAGAGAGACGACCAGAAACACGUUGUUUGUGUGUUUGGUCCCCAAAGCGGCAACAGACGAAAACUUAAAGACUCAUUUCAUAGAGGCGUACCCUACCUGUCGCGUGUGUGCUGUGACCUUGGGCUAUGACGUGGCCAAGCUCAUGUACCUUGAUAAGGAAAGGAUGCGAGCAGGAAAGAACCUGUGCUACUAUGAACGUGCCCUGGAGAAAACAGGGAAACGUGAAUUGAUUAACCCCUGCUUGUGUAGUCAACUCUGUUGCUGCGGCAAACCUGAGAAGAUUGAUGCCAUAGAGUACUACAGCACUAAAGAGAAAGACCUGCUGGAAGAGGUGAGGAAAGAGGCGGAACUGGUGCCACAGCGCCCCCUGGGGAUGGCCUUCGUCACCUUGCAGACCGAGGCUAUGGCCAAGUACAUUUUGAAAGACUUCAAUGCACUCGAGUGUGGUCGCACAAGCUGCUGUGGCGGGAGAGUGCCCCAACCUUCAUCGGAGAGUGGAACUCUGGAAGUGAACAAGUGGAGCGUCAGCUUUGCACCCCAUCCAAAAAACGUGUAUUGGGAGAAUCUGUCAGUGAGAGGUAUUCGCUGGUUCAUGCGCUACUUGAUGAUCAACGUUUUCCUUUUCUUCCUGCUCACCUUCCUCACGACUCCCACCAUCAUUAUCAGCACCCUGGACAAGUUCAACGUGACUCUGCCUAUCCACUAUCUCAACAGCCCUAUCGUCAGUCAGUUCUUCCCCACUCUCCUGCUGUGGGCCUUCUCUGCCUUGCUGCCUACCAUAGUUUACUAUUCUACAAUUGGAGAGCGACACUGGAGCAGGUCCAGUGAGCAGCUGAGCAUAAUGCGUAAACUGUACUUCUUCUUGCUCUUCAUGGUGCUGAUCCUCCCCUCGCUGGGACUCACGAGUCUUGCGGUGUUUUUCCGCUGGCUGUUUGAUAAAGAGUUUCUCUCCGAUGGGAAACUGAGGUUCGAGUGCGUGUUCUUACCUGACCAAGGCGCGUUUUUUGUCAACUAUGUGAUCACAGCGGCGCUGGUGGGCUCUGGGAUGGAGUUGCUGCGAUUGCCAGGGCUGCUGCUUUACACCAUUCGUAUGGCGUUGGCGCGCUCUGCUGCUGAAAGGAAAUAUGUAAAACAGAAUCAGGCCUAUGCGUAUGAAUUUGGAGCCAUGUAUGGCUGGUCCCUAUGCGUGUUCACUGUCAUCAUGGCUUACAGCAUCAUAUGUCCCAUCAUCGUGCCUUUUGGUCUCCUGUACAUGAUACUGAAGCACCUGGUGGACAAACACAACAUGUACUUCUCUUACCUGCCCGCUCGCAUAGACCGCCAGGUCCACCUGGGAGCUGUCAAUCAAGCUCUGGCUGCACCCAUCAUCUGCCUAAUAUGGAUUUACUUCUUUUCUGUCCUCAGAACAGGUUUCUGGACUGCCACAUCUCUAUUCACACUGGUGAUCCUGUGCAUCACUGUCUUGAUCUGCCUCAGCUUCACCUGCUUUGGCCAUUUCAAGCACCUCAGUCCACACAACUAUGCGGUGAAAGAGGAGGACGAGGAUACAGUAGAGGGAGUGGAAGAAAACACCACGGUCUACCUUCCCAGAGUGCUUAAUCCCAAAUCACCUGCCAGCACACAACAGGAGUCUAAACCUCAGCAGUUUUACGGCUCUACAGAGGGCAGCCCGGUCCACGGCUCCAGCCCGGUCCACGGCUCCAGCCCGGUCCACAGCUCCAGCCCACUGCCGGGCUAUAUGUCAGAUGGCUGAAUCAGCGUUUUUCAACUCCGACUCAAAGCUUUGGAGUCAGGAUGCCCACGACUCCUGACCAUAAAUCUGCUUUAUUCAUAAAGAGCCUCAUGCAAGAACCACUCCUACGAACAGGUUUGUCCGUUAAGUGGCUUGUACGAGUGAUUUAGGAAAACUAGACGUGUUUACCAAUUUCCUUGUAUUUAGAAUUUUCUCUUGGGUACAAACACAAGACCUGUCGUUGGAGUCGUGCAAUUAGUCUUCUUAAAAACCCUAUAUAUAUUACACUUCAUAAUUAUAUUGACAUUAUCCUGUUAGACUCUGCAAUUGGAAUUAUAGGCUAAUAUGAUUCUAUAUGUAUUAAUUUAGCCUAACGAUAUCACCAAUAGUUUAAAUUGUCUAACACUACAAUAUCAACAUGAACAUUUCAAACAGCAAAAUUUAUUUAUUUAUUUGACCCCUCUCGUCAUUGAUAGUGUUGCUGUGGCGAGACAUUUUUCAUGUCGGACCCUCAGGUGACACGCCAUUGAAAGCACUCAUUAUUUUCCCACAUUGCGCGACUAUAGCAGGUCCCUUAAUUCUGCUGUUAAAAAAAUGAUAGACUUUCCUUUACGGAUCCCCGAGAGCAGGACUUCAAUACAGGAAGUGAGGCAGGACACGUAGCCUUAUAUGGCAUUGUUGGAGCAUAAUUAUGCAAAUGUAGAAUUUUCAUGAAUGGGGGACAGUGUGUUGAAUUUGAAUUGCUUCUUACAGGAAAGACGGUAAAUAGGAAUUUAUUUGAUAUUCGGGUCAUUAUUUGCACUUGAUCGGCAUAGCGCACACAUCCAUGACAAACCCUCAGUCUUCUAUUUGAAAAGUACUUUCUUUGAGGAUUUUCUCGCCAAUUGACCAAGGACUGUUUUGCCAAAACUUGCCAUUUCAAACAAGCCACGAUGUUGGAUUCCAACACCGGAGUCCAUUAUUUGCACGUGCUGAAGCUUAUUAUGCAAGAAUUACCAGAACAAUCAAGCCAGCAACACUGACGCCAAAGAGGUGGACAUGCAGAGCUUUCUGUUUGCUGCUUGUUAUUUUGUUUAUAUUUCUUCACAGUGCCUUUUUUGUGAUGCUUUUUGGGGACAACACCUGCCAUGGGAAUAAUUAAUAUUGCCUCAUGUUCAUAAUGCACUUUCUGUAUCAAGAGAGCGCUGUUUUGUGUCUACUUAAUAGAUUUGUAAUUAGACAAGAGAGCAUUUGUAUCAGUAUUGCUGUGGUUUUGCAACCAAACAUUUUUGUUCAGUCUACAUGUGACAAUGGGGACAGCUAUUAGAUAUGAUUGUUCAAGAUAAGACAAUCUUGCUGUACCAUUUAAAGAAGGAAUGUUUCACACAGGUCAAGGUUUGUUUGUAUUUAAUGUACUCUGAAGUUAUGUUUUUGCAGCUUUUUUAAAUGUGCAUUCUAAUAAGGAACUACAUUUUAAAAGCAAACGUGUAACUGCACAGUGAUUGAUGAUGUCUUCAGAUUGAAUAUGUUAAGGUAAACAUUUAGCUUUGUACAGGGUGAAUAAAAUGUCCACAUUAAACAUUC